AUGAACAUUAUGAACACAGAACGAAGCCAAAAUAGUGUUGUUUCAAGAAUCAAAGCAUUUGAGGGUCAGACAAAUAAAGAAACCUCGGGACUGUCUGUGAAACCAGAAAUUGUUCCCCGCACACUCCCCCCAAGACCUGCUGUUCCCUCAGGGAAACCCACAGUGGCUCCCAAACCAGCUGCUAACAGAGCUUCUGGAGAAUGGGACUCCUGGACUGAAAACAGACUCAAGGUGGCCUCUCGGGAGGGGCUCACCCCACACCCUCCACCGCAAGAGGUAGGGAGCAUCCCAGUAACCAAACCUGAAUUGCCAAAGAAACCAAAUGCUGGCCUUAUACGAAGUGUUAAUCCUGAGAUUCCUGGAGGGGGACCUGUGGCCGAGAGCCCUGAUGGUGGGAAGAAAGUUCCAACUCCUGUUCCUCGGCCUUUGUUGCCGAAGAAAUCGGUUUCCUUAGAAAACCCCGGCCCUGCAGCUUUGCUGAAACCAGUCACCAUUCCUCCCCGACUCUCAGUGGCGUCACAGGCCAAAGCAUUCAGGUCGCUGGGAGAAGGACCCUCAGCCAACUCCACAGUUACAGCUCUGCAAAGCAAGCCUUCAGGGGACAUCGACCUCAUCAGUUUUGAUGACGAUGUUUUACCCACCCCACCCGGGAACCUGGUUGAAGAAUCUGUUGGUUCAGAGAUGGUUCUGGAUCCCUUUCAGCUCCCCACAAAAACAGAACCAACAAAAGAACGAGCAGUUCAACCAGCACCCACCAGGAAGCCCACUGUGAUUCGAAUUCCAGCCAAACCGGGAAAAUGUUUACAAGAGGAUCCACAAAGCCCACCUCCUCUCCCUACUGAAAAACCUAUUGGAAACACUUACAGUGUAGUAUCUGGAAAACUGAGUAAUGUUGACAGAACUAGAAACUUGGAAUCUGACCACAUGGGUCAAACAGGAGGUUCUGUGCGAGGACCCCCAAGGUUGCCACCAAGACCUAUAAAUGGAAAAGUUAUACCGACUCGACAACCUCCUCCCAAGGGGGCCCCGGAGAGACCACCUCCCCCGAAACUUUCUGCAACCAGAGCAUCAAAUAAAAAACUGCCUUUUAAUCGGUCUUCUUCUGACAUGGAUCUUCAGAAAAAACAAAGUAACUUGGCAUUUGGACUUUCGAAAGCCAAGAGUCAAGUCUUUAAAAAUCAAGAUCCGGUGCUGCCCCCUCGCCCCAAACCAGGACACCCUCUUUACAGGAAAUAUAUGCUGUCUGUGCCUCAUGGAAUUGCCAAUGAAGACAUUGUCUCCCAAAACCCUGGAGAACUCUCUUGUAAGCGUGGGGACGUACUUGUGAUGCUGAAGCAGGCAGAAAAUAAUUACUUGGAAUGCCAAAAGGGAGAAGAUAUUGGCAGAGUUCACCUGUCUCAGAUAAAGAUUAUCACCCCACUUGAUGAACAUCUUAGAAGCAGACCAAACGAUCCAAGCCAUCCAAGCCGUGCUCAGAAGCCUGUUGACAAUAGUGCCCCUCAUGCUGUUGUUCUUCAUGAUUUCCCAGCAGAGCAAGUUGAUGAUUUGCACCUCACUUCUGGAGAAAUUGUUUAUCUUCUGGAAAAAAUAGACACAGAUUGGUAUAGAGGGAAAUGUAGAAACCAGACUGGUAUAUUUCCUGCCAACUACGUCAAAGUAAUUAUUGAUGUUCCCGAAGGAGGAAAAGGGAAAAGAGAAUCCGUGUCAUCUCAUUGUGUUAAAGGCCCAAGAUGUAUUGCUCGGUUUGAAUAUAUUGGAGACCAGAAGGAUGAGUUAAGUUUCUCAGAGGGAGAAAUUAUUAUUCUUAAAGAGUAUGUGAAUGAAGAAUGGGCCAGAGGAGAACUUCGAGACAGAAUUGGGAUUUUCCCUCUUAACUUUGUAGAACUCAUGGAAGAUCAUCCCAUCUCUGGUGCAAACAUUUCAAGCACAAAAACACCACCCAAGGCCAAAAAAGAAGAUUCUGGUGCAAAUUCUCAGGUAGGCUUCUUGAAUGGUCUUUCUGGAGAAUGGUGUGAAGCGCUUCACAGUUUUACAGCAGAGACCAGUGAAGACUUAGCUUUCAGGAGGGGAGACCGGAUCCUGAUCCUUGAGCAUGUGGACUCUGACUGGUACAAAGGCAGACUGCAUGACAGGGAGGGGAUCUUCCCGGCAGUCUUUGUGCGGCCCUGCCAAGCUGAGGCAAAAAGUAUGUCUGCUUUAGCACUUAAGGGGAAGAAGGCCAAAGCCUUAUAUGAUUUCCAUGGGGAGAAUGAAGAUGAACUUUCCUUUAAGGCUGGAGACAUCAUAACAGAGCUGGAAUCUGUAGAUGAUGACUGGAUGAGUGGAGAACUAAUGGGAAAAUCUGGAAUAUUUCCCAAAAACUAUGUUCAGUUUUGA